CACCUUAAUGUUUCUCGUUCAGGAAACUGCCUGCCGACUUGAUUGGCCAGACCGACACCACGUGACCUACUCGACUGGAGUUUCCACGACAGCUGGAAGCUGUGUGAUCCGGGCGCUCGUCAUUUUUGUUGCCUAUUUUUCUGUUCAUAUCUCAGUACAAACUAGUAGAUUUCAGGAACAUGGGAGACAAGAAGAGUCCGACAAGGCCGAAAAGGCAGCCCAAGCCUUCCUCCGACGAAGGAUACUGGGACUGUAGCGUUUGUACAUUCAGGAACAGCGCAGAGGCUUUUAAGUGCAUGAUGUGUGAUGUCAGGAAGGGCACAUCAACACGGCGGCCAGCACUCCGUAUAGAGAAAAUUGAAGAUUCAAGAAGGCGAGGCGUCCCAUCACUACGAGGGGGGAAACCUCGUCCAGUUUCCCAGUUGGUUGCACAGCAAGUAACCCAGCAGUUUGCUUCUCCCACACAACCAAAGAAAGAGAAAAAAGACAAAACAGAAAAGGAAAAAAAUGAAAAGGAAUCUACAGUCAAAAAGAACAGUCACAAGAAAACAAGGCCAAGAUUAAAAAAUGUGGAUAGAAGCAGUGCACAACAUUUGGAAGUCACAGUAGGAGACCUGACUGUUAUUAUCACAGACUUUAAGGAGAAAACAAAGUCCACACCUACUUCCAGUGCGACAUCUGCUGAUCAGCACAGUCAAAGUGGCUCCAGUUCUGACAACACGGAAAGAGGAAUGUCAAGGUCAUCUUCACCUCGGGGAGAAGGAUCAUUAGUCAAUGGAGAGUCUCACUAAACCUCAUACCACCCCGUUUCUUUAGUCAGUUUGGAACGGGCAAAUAUCUUAAGCCAAGAUAUACCACAAGUCAAAAUUUCAGCCCAGAAUACACCACACAUUCAUGACAUGCAGGCAAUGUUGGUGCACAUUGAAGAAGUCUUCCGGAAUGUUUCACACACCGAUGACUUUUACAAUUCUCAAAUAAACUGCCAAUUUUGAGUGCACUUGAAAAGUUAAUAAAUAAUCUAUUCCACCCUUGCUAUACAUACAUUCAAACUAAAAAAAAAAGUCUGUCCUAUGUACCCAAAGGUACAACUGUCAGUGUCAUGUAAAUGUAGUAUUUUACAUCAAUUUCAGUGUUAUAAUGUCAAUAUAAACUUUCAGUCUCUUGCUUUCUAUCAGUUUCCAACCUGGACUGUUAUGGCAUGAAAUAGGUACAAGUUUGAAGAAAACAAGUCAGACUGCCUAAUAUGCAUUACAAGAGAAAAAUGUGAAGCAGCUUGCUGUAAGUAUACAGUGACGUUGAUAGACCUGAUUAACUGUUGUAACAACAGAGCCUUUUCUCAAUGGUUAAAUGCACCUGCUGGUACUUGGUGUGGCUGAAUGGGGGAAAAUGUUCUUUAAUUAAGAAAAAAAAUAUUUGUAUACGUUUUUGCCAAUGUUUUGCAGCACAUGUUAUUUUAACAGAACACCUCACUCAGUUAAUUUGCUGGUUUUACCAAACAGUGCUGUUUAUAUGUAUAUGAACAUCUUGCGUAAUAAUAACAUGGUUUUACUGUCAGAACAAAAGUUUGUAAGUAAAAGAAUGAACUGAUAAAUCCAUUGUUUAGAAAUGA